AUGCAAUCCUGCGACUGCGCUAGGCCAGAGCAGCACGAAGACGCUGCUUACGAGCCAACGGCAAGGAGCCUGCCUAUCGCCGACAGGUUCAUGAACAGCUACACGAGACCUGUUGUCACCAUUGUGCCGAGCUCGGCAGAACGGAUCACAUGCCUGGAUCGCAGGCCACUGGGCCCCUUUGAGUCCCGACCUUGGGCGUCCACAAUAGUCAAAGACCGCCUCGACAGAAUGUCAUGCUCUUGA